GCCACCUAGUGGGACAAGCCUGUUAUUUCUCCUGGCUCCCAACCCCAGGGUCGUCCUCCGCUGAGUACUAAGAGACUCCUAUGCCCUUGAAUUUGGGGACCCAAGGCAGGGGGGAGCCUCAGAGAGGACAAUGCACAGCUCUGGGAAGUGUGCGUCGCUCACAUGAUAUUUACCCCUCCAGGCCUUAGGUUCCCUUUUCCGUAUAAUGAGGACAGCCUAGCUGUGGUGGGUAAGGGCGUCCAUGGAGAGAGUGGAUUCCAGGGGUAACAGGAGGUGUUUAGCCCUGCCCCCACCCCAAGAAAGACUGUGCCUGCUACACAACUGCAGUUCUCCUUAGUCCCAGCUUCCAGCAAGCUUGCCCCAAGUACCUCCUAUUUCUAAAUGCUGGGGCUGCCCCUGUUACUGUUUUAUCAUCAGCCUCACCCCAAAGGAUGAAGGCCCUGGGGGCGGGGGUCCCAAAGUGUCUUCUUCAGGUGUGGGGAUUUGGGGGGAAGAGUCCCAGCUCCCAGCACUUUCUCUCUCCCCUCACCCCAUAGCUUGUGCUCAGAAUGGCCCCAGGCUGUGACAUCACAGAGCCCCCACCCCUGUCACAGGAGUGGAAGGGUCAUGGGGCUGUGGCAGUGGGCAUGGGCAUGGGUGUGGCUGGUCGGGCUGGGGGCCAUAAAAACAGGUGGGAAGCUGUCCUGGGAGCAGUGGGAGGAGGAAGUCUUGGGGGUGAAGGGUCAAUCUGCCUUAGGAGCUGGGAGGCCAAGCAAGGGCCUUCUUCUCCCUCCACAUGUCUCUCCCACCCUCCCCAUCCAGCAUGGGCCUUCGCAUGGAGAGCUCACACCCAGCCGGGAGAGUGCCAACACCUUGGGCCGGGGAGCAGAGUCUCUGCUCUUCAUAGACAGACCUGACUUCUUUGAUUACCCAGACUCAGACCAAGCCAGGCUCCUGGCCGUAGCCCAGUUUAUUGGAGAGAAACCUGUCAUCUUUGUUAACUCAGGAUCCAACUCCGAGUUCUUCCAUCACAUCCUUGUGGGUGCUCUGGUGGUGGCCUUCCUCUUCCUCCUUUACCAGUUCUGCACACACAUGAACUGGCAGAAAGGGGCCUGAGGAGCCGGACAAGGGCCCUGGACUCUGCCCUGAGUGCCCAAACCCACCCUCCUCUCCUGCUGAAUAAAAGUCUGCUUUUCUCUUCCCUGACUGCUCCGUAACCAAGCAGGAGGUCCUGCCCCAUCCUGGGGUCAUCCGUGCUUUCUACCCCCAGACCCCCCACCCUUCCCUGCACCAAAGAACUGGGUGAAGAGGGCCUUGGUGGCGUUCACGCAGAUCAGAUCGUCUU